UGAAAUGUUCUCUGAGCUCUGAAUUUCUGCCUACGUCAUUGGCGGCGUGUGGACUAGAGAUGGACACAAACAGAACAACAAAGCUUGAAUUUGCAGUACAGAUGUCAUGUGACAGCUGUGUGAAUGCAGUGAAGGGUGUCCUGGAGAAAGAGCCAGGAGUGCAUUCAGUGCACAUAGACUUGGCCAAGGAGGAGGUGUUGGUUGAAACGGUGCUUACCUCUCUGCAGGUCCAGAAUAUCAUUGAAAGCACAGGCAAAAGAGCUGUGUUGAAGGGAAUGGGCAGCUCAGAAACAGACUUGGGUGCUGCUGUGGCAAUGUUAAGUGGGGCGAGGCUAGUGCAGGGCGUUGUCCGCUUCCUGCAGCUGUCACCAUAUCGUUGUUUGAUUGACGGGACGAUUGAUGGGCUGGCGCCUGGAGCUCACGGCUUGCAUGUGCAUGAACUGGGGGACCUUACACAGGAUUGCAUGAGUUGUGGAGAUCACUUCAACCCUUUCAGGAAACAACAUGGAGCUCCUCAAGACUCAGAGAGGCAUGUGGGAGAUCUGGGAAAUAUUAUGGCUGGUCCUGAUGGCAGAGCUUCAUUCAGAUUAGAAGACUCUCAGAUAAAGGUGUGGGAUGUGAUUGGUCGAUCUCUGGUGGUGGAUUCAGGAGAGGAUGAUUUGGGCCGUGGGAGUCACCCACUGUCCAAAAUAACAGGAAACACAGGAGAGAGGCUGGCAUGUGGAAUCAUUGCACGCUCCGCCGGAUUGUUUCAGAACCCCAAACAGAUUUGUACCUGUGACGGUGUUACUCUGUGGGAGGAGAGAGAUCGCCUGAUAGCUGGGAAAGGACGUAAAAUCACUGACGCACCGGCAGCUAAUUUGUAAUGGGGUGAGGAUGUGACCUUCCCAUGUGUUAAGGACUGCAGAUGGAUGUGAAGUGCGCAGAAGGAAAGAACAAAAGAAAGAUGAUCAAAAAGAGACCAGUUUGAAGCUGCCCAGUAUGUCCAUUCAAGUUGUAGUAUGUAAGAUCAAGCCAGUUCUUAAAGUUCAGAUGUAUCCACAUGACACAGAUCCUCAUCCCUUUUGUUGAGCCACGAUAUGCCAUAGUUAAAUUUACAUGGCAUUCAGUGACGUUAACUCUGAUUUAGUUAAAUUUUUCUACGGACUGUUUUCACAACAUUUUCUAUUUUACAGCAUCUACUGUACAGACAAGUGUAAUGCGCCUGUUAGACGUCUGUUGGAAAGUAAAAGUGUUGCAAAACAGUAAAUAUUUUACACGUCUGUCCAUACACAUUAUGCGAGUUAAAUUUAGUUUUGACUCGUUCCGUGUAAUGCAAAAAAGAUUAAUUCUAAUCACACAUUGCAUGGAUGGGCAAAAAACAACUGUUCAGCUUCUCUCUUGUUAAUUCACUCUCGAACUGCCUGUACUCUUAAAGAGACAAUACCAUUUUAGUGCUUGUUAUACAUGUCAAUGAAAACAAUGUAAAUAAAUGUAAAUGAUACAUAUUCUGCAUAUAAAUAAACAUGUAACAAAA